CCUUGCCAGAAGCUGCUUCACUGUGGACAUCCAUGUGAUUCAUUGUGUGGGGAACCAUGCACCAGUAAGUGCAAGGUGAAGGUCACCUUAAAACUAAGGUGUGGCCACAGCCAGCAAGAUGCCUGUUUUUACAAAACACAGAAAGAGGAGCCUGAAUGUAGGACCCCUUGUGAACAUCAGCUAAAAUGUGGCCAUGCCUGUGGUGGUAACUGUGGCAAGUGUUAUCAGGGACGAUUCCAUUUCCCAUGUUUACACCAGUGUGAGCGUCUCCUGAUUUGCUCUCACAAGUGCAGGGAGACUUGCACUCGCGAUUUCCCCCCUUGUCAGAGACCAUGUGAGAAUUGCUGCAUCCACAGCAAGUGUAUGAAGCCAUGUGGACAGCCCUGUGCUCUGUGUAUUGAGCCCUGCGCUUGGCAGUGCCCUCACCAAAGCUGCAAUAAGUUUUGCUAUGAGCCAUGCUAUCUUCCGCCAUGCACCCAACCCUGUGCCAAGACCCUGGAUUGUGACCACCUGUUUAUAGGUCUGUGUGGAGACAAAUGUCCAAGCAAAUGUCGCAUCUGUAAUUACGAUGAGGUCACAGAGAUUUUCUUCGGCACUGAGGAUGAACCUGAUGCUUACUUCAUUCAGCUAGAAGACUGUGGACACAUCAUUGAAUACACAGCCAUGGACACAUACAUGGGGAUGGAUGACAGCCAGCAGGCAAAUGAAGGAGAGCAGGUGGCCAUAAAACUGAAGGAAUGUCCGAAGUGUCGAACUCCAAUCCGCAAGAAUCUACGCUAUGGAUCUCACAUCAACAGCAGUCUGGCUGAGAUAGAGAUGGUAAAGGCAAAGAUAAAUGGACAUCAGGCAGAUAUUGAAGAACACAGGAAGGCCCUUCAAAAACAGUGGAUGGAUAACCUUCACACAUAUGAAAUGCAUCAGCAAAAGGAAUAUAUGCAUAUGAAUGACAGACUGGGAAAAACUUAGCUCACAGCAAAUGAUCUGUGGGUCCUGGAAAACAAGAUAGAUUUCCUAGUAAGAGUUGCAAAGCUGAGGAAGAUCCAAAGGGAAAACAUGUCACUCUUGCAAAGCUUCAGAUAAGAAAAGUAUGUUGAGGAGUUUGCGCGCUGACUCAACAACAGCCACCAAAAAUUCACAGACCAGCAGGUCUUUGAUUUGCAGAGAGAGUUACCGAGACUCACCCCCCUGACUGAACUCAACGCCCAUUGCCAUAUGGCAGACAAGAGAAGGCAAAGUGACAAACUUCAAUCUGAGGUACAAACAAUAACAGCGAUUUUGGAAAAGUCUGGCCAAUUCACUGAGCAAGAUCAACACAGAGUGAAAGAAGCCAUGAAGGAACUAGACAACAAGCUUCCACUCCCAGGCUUGGGGAUCAGUGAGGAGGAGAGAAAGAUGAUCAUUUCGGCUGUGAAAAUGCCACCAGGACACUGGCACAAAUGUCCUAAUCAGAAUCAGAAUCAGAAAUACUUUAUUGAUCCCUUAGGGGAAACUCUUUGCUACAGCAGCUCACGUCAGUGCACACAGGAAUAGAAGUACUAGGCAAAAAAAUAUAAUACAGUAUA